ACAUAGUAGUAUUCUGUCAGCCUUACAAUUUUAGAGAAGACGCUUUCCUUCCCAAUAUUUCCCAGGUUUUAAACUGUUUACAUUUUAACUGAUACUUUACGAAUGUAUUAAGUUAAAUAAAUACAUUUCUGUGACUAUUUGAGCACGUUACUUCCACGUGAGAACACCGAUUUCAGUGUGAGCACAUUUCACUUAAACCUGUUUUAAUUAGUCAAGAAAAAUGCAUCUUGAAAUAGAGAAGGUAUAGCAGGGAAGACUGUCACUCUGAGUACUCGGUCCUCUGGUAAUAUAAACGAAAGUAAAAACCCGCCAGUUUUCAAUUUCAGGAAGUCAAACAUUGAUGACAAGAGUGAUUUCCCCUUUAUAUCUCAGAUAUUCUACUGCUGGAUGUUCUCUCUGUUCCCAAGCAAAGCAAUAUUCACCCAUGGGUAUCUGAUGGUAUUGAGAUUUUGAAGAUAAAAGAAUGACUUGACCAAAGAUAUAGGGAACAUUGUUUGAGAAAGUUCACUUUUGAAGAAACUAUAUUCAUUAUUGAAAUUAUCGAAAGAAAUAUCGCUCUGAAAAAUUACAGAACUAAGGGUUUUUUAAAAAUUUUAUUUAUUUGUUAGUAAAUCUGAAAGUUAUGGAAGAUGAACUGAAUGAGAAUCAGGUCCAUAAUGAAACACAGCCUGAUGAUAAUGAUGCUUCUCAUCAAACAGAGAAGGCAUCAUACAUGUGUGACAUCUGUGGAAAGUUUUUUAAAUUUAGAAGACAUUUAAUUCGACAUCAGUCUGUUCACAAAAGCCAGAAACCAUACAAAUGUAAUGUUUGUGGUAAAACAUACUCUUUAAAUAGUAGUUUAUAUAAACACAAACUUUCUCACACAGGAGAGAAACCAUACCAUUGUGAUAUCUGUGGUCAAAAUUUCUCUGUUAAAUAUUCUUUAACUUUACAUAAACGUAUUCACACAGGAGAAAAGCCAUAUCACUGUGAUAUCUGUGGUAAAAGGUUCUCUGUUAGUAGUUCAGUGGCAGUGCACAAAGUUAUUCACACAGGCCAGAGACCAUACAAGUGUGAUUUUUGUGGUAAAGCAUUCAGUUUCAGUUCCUAUCUAUCUAAACAUAAACGUCUUCAUACAGGGGAGAAACCAUGCUGCUGUGAUAUUUGUGGUAAGACAUUCACACAAAUUUCUCAUUUAAAAACCCAUACACGUGUUCACACAGGAGAAAAACCGUAUCACUGUGAUGUUUGUGGCAAAAAGUUCUCUACUAAUGAACAUUUAUCUAGUCACAAAUAUGUUCACACAGGGGUAAAACGAUAUCAUUGUGAUAUUUGUGGUAAAGCAUUCCCCCGAAGUGGUAAUUUAAAGAUCCAUAAAUUUCUUCAUACAGGAGAAAAACCAUAUCACUGUGAUAUAUGUGGAAAAAACUUCUCUACAAAUGAUUAUUUAUCCAACCACAAACGCAUUCAUGCAAAGGUAAAAACAUGCCGUUGUGAUAUUUGUGGUAAAGCAUUCUCUCGAAAUAGGGAUUUAUUGACACAUAAUCGCAUUCACACAGGUGAGAAACCAUAUCAUUGUGAUGUUUGUGGUAAAUCAUUUACUAUAAGUGGUCAUUUAACUAAACACAAACGUAUUCACACAGGGGAGAAACCAUUCCAUUGCAGUAUCUGUGGUAAAAAUUUUGCUAGAAGUGGAUAUCUAUCCCAACAUAGACGUAUUCACACAGGAGAGAAACCAUUUCACUGUGAUAUCUGUGGUAAAAAUUUCGCUUUAAGUGGAUCUUUAACCAAACAUAAACGUAUUCACACAGGUGAAAAACCAUUUCAUUGUGAUAUCUGUGGUAAAACUUUCUCUGAAAGUAGUUCUGUAAUAUCUCAUAAACGUGUUCACACUGGAGAAAAGCCAUAUCAUUGUGAUAUCUGUGGAAAAACAUUCACUGCUAGUAAUUCAUUAUCUGCACACCAAACUAUUCAUACAGAAGAGAAACCAUAUGGCUGUGAUGUAUGUGGUAAAGCAUUCUCGCGAUCUGGUAAUUUAUUGAGACAUAAACAUAUUCACACAGGACAUAAACCAUAUCAGUGUAGCAUAUGUGAUAAAACAUUCUCUUGCAGUUCUUAUUUAGACAAGCACAAACGUGUUCACAAUGGAGACAAGCCAUACCCUUGUGAUAUCUGCGGUAAAUCAUUCUCUCAAAAUAAUCAUUUAUUGAAUCAUAGACAUAUUCACACAGGUGACAAACCUUAUCACUGUGAUCUUUGUGGUAAAGCAUUCUCUCAACAAAGUACUUUGUCUGUCCACAAACGUAUACACAAUUGAGAAUCUAUGUACCAUUAAUAUUUCUGUUAGUAGAUUGUCAUACUAAGCUUUUUGCAAUGAGUCGGCCUGUAACCAUUCAUAUUUUUAUUGAGAAUAUCAAUGAAGCAUUUUGUAGAGACUUCAAUAAAUUAAAAUUUUUAGAAAACAAUAUAGUUUCAGUGAAAGGGAAUUUCUGUUGCAGUUCGUAAAUUUAUAUUUCAACUUUAAAACAGACACAUCUGAAAAUAUUGAUAUGAAGCUACAUGUUAAUAAUAAUGUCCAUUUAACUUUUCUUUGAAUUUUUCAAUAAAAUAUUUCUUUUUUAUGGAA